AUGCAGCAGGUGAGUAGUGCAGCUGGUCGUUUAGUUGCAGGUUCUCACAACCGCAAUGAGCUCGUCGUCAUCUCAUGCCAUGCACAUUCUGCCGUAAAAGGCAAGGGAAGUGGGGAAAUAUGUGAGAUUUGUGGAGAUGAGAGAGGGGUGAAUGCGGAAGGGGAGUUGUUUGAGGGGUGCAACGAAUGCGGGUUUCCCAUUUGCAGGACAUGCUACGACUACGAGCGCCUUCACGGCACCCAACUCUGCCCUCUCUGCAAAACCCGUUUUCCCCGUCUCAAGGGAUGUCCCAGGGUAGACGGAGAUGAGGAAGAAGAUGACGCGGAUGACCUCGACAAUGAAUUCAAUUUUGACUCUGCGACCACCAAGCGUGAUAUUAUACAAACCGAACAUGCUAUUUCUUCUUCUUGCACCCUUGACAUUAAUUAUAAUGAUCACAGGGUUAGUAAUGUCCCUCCUGAAAAUAAUCCUGCCUUGUUACUUUUAUUUUAUUUAUUUAAUUUUUUUCCAUUGCAACCAGCUAGAGCCGUGGAUCCUUCGAAACACCUGGCUGCUUAUGGCUAUGGAACUGUUGCUUGGAAGGAGAGAAUGGAGAAAUGGAAGCAAAAGCAACAACAAAACUCACACGUUAAUCUUAAUGGAAUUCGAAGUAAUUCGGAUCAUGAUGGAGAUGAUCCAGACGUCUCAUUAAUGGACGAGGCAAGACAACCGUUGUCGAGAAAGUUUCCGAUUUCAUCGAGCCAAAUCAAUCCAUACAGAAUGAUCAUCAUAAUCCGACUCGUAGUUUUGGGCUUCUUUUUCCAUUACCGACUCACACAUCCAGUGAAACACGCGUAUGCGUUGUGGCUUAUAUCCGUAAUAUGUGAGGUUUGGUUCGCUCUUUCAUGGAUUCUUGAUCAGUUCCCCAAGUGGAUUCCUGUUGAGAGGGAAACAUAUCUCGAUAGGUUGUCUCUCAGGUAUGAGAAGGGAGGCGAAGCUUGUCAACUUUCUCCGGUGGAUAUAUUUGUGACCACAGUUGAUCCAUUGAAGGAACCUCCUAUAGUAACAGCAAAUACGGUGCUUUCAAUUCUAGCGGUGGAUUAUCCGGUGGAGAAGGUCUCAUGUUAUGUUUCUGAUGAUGGUGCCUCAAUUCUAACAUUUGAGUCCCUAUCAGAGACAUCUGAAUUUGCGAGGAAGUGGGUCCCUUUUUGUAAAAAGUUUAACAUAGAGCCACGGGCACCGGAAUGGUAUUUUGCUCACAAGGUAGACUACCUUAAAGACAGGGUGUAUCCGUCCUUCGUCAAGGAAAGAAGAGCAAUCAAAAGGGCGUAUGAAGAGUUUAAAGUGCGAAUUAAUGCAUUGGUGGCCAAGGCUCAAAAAGUCCCCCCUGAACAAGGUUGGACGCAGCCGGAUGGGACUCCAUGGCCCGGAAAUAACGUUCGGGAUCAUCUUGGAAUUAUUCAGAUCUUUGUUGAUGGCGAAAGUGGAGGAGGAGAUGACAGUAGGAAUGGAAGUGAAUUGCCGCGCCUAGUAUAUGUUUCAAGAGAAAAGAGGCCUCGCUUUAAUCACCGCAAAAAGGCAGGGGCUAUGAAUGCUUUGGUCAGAGUCUCUGGCGUGCUCACAAAUGCACCCUAUGUAUUGAACUUAGACUGUGAUCACUACAUAAAUAAUAGUAAGGCAGUGAGAGAGGCAAUGUGUUUUAUGAUGGAUCCGUUGUUAGGAAAAAGAGUAUGCUACGUUCAAUUUCCACAAAGAUUUGAUGGUAUCGACGAGCACGAUCGAUAUGCCAACCACAAUACCGUCUUCUUUGAUAUUAACAUGAAAGGUUUGGAUGGUAUUCAAGGACCCAUUUAUGUUGGGACUGGAUGUGUCUUCAGAAGGCAGGCUCUUUACGGAUUUGAUGCGCCCCCAAAAAGUCACAAGAAGUCGCUGAAGAGAACAUGCAAUUGUUGGCCGAAAUGGUACUGCUGUUGUUUCCCAAGGAUGGAGAAGAACAUUAAUAAAGCAUUCAAAUUACCAAAGAUUAAUGAUACGGACAAGGCCAGAAAUUCUUGGAAGGGAGAGGCUCUACGACUACUAGGCAGUGAAGAGAGUAUUAAAGGUCUCAUUGAAGACGAUGAGAGUUCAAAUUUGAUAUCCGAGCAUAAGUUGGAAAAGAAGUUUGGGCAGUCCUCGGUGUUUAUUGCAUCUACUCUGUUGGAGGAUGGUGGGACUCCAACAAGUGCUAGUGUUGCGUCUCUUCUUAAAGAAGCCAUCCACGUCAUUAGUUGUGGCUACGAAUCUAAAACUGAAUGGGGAGAAGAGAUUGGUUGGAUCUACGGGUCAGUCACGGAGGAUAUCUUGACAGGUUUUAAAAUGCAUUGCCAUGGAUGGAGGUCGAUAUAUUGUGUGCCCGAAAGGCCUGCUUUCACAGGAUCGGCUCCUAUAAACCUUUCAGAUCGUCUGCACCAAGUCCUUCGGUGGGCCCUUGGAUCGGGUGAGAUAUUCUUGAGUAGGCAUUGCCCUCUUUGGUAUGGUUAUGGCGGUGGUCUUAAGUGGUUGGAGCGUCUUUCCUACGUCAACGCAACGGUGUAUCCAUUGACAUCCAUUCCUCUCUUGGCUUAUUGUACGUUACCUGCCGUCUGCUUGUUCACCCGCAAAUUUAUCAUUCCAGAGCUUAGCAACGUUGGUAGCUUGUGGUUCGUGUCACUUUUCAUGUGCAUAUUCGCAACGAGCAUGCUAGAAAUGAGAUGGAGCGGAGUGGGAAUAGAUGAGUGGUGGAGAAACGAACAGUUUUGGGUGAUUGGAGGUGUUUCGGCGCACUUGUUUGCGGUGUUCCAGGGUCUCUUGAAGCUUAUAGCUGGUGUCGAUACAAACUUCACAGUCACUUCAAAAUCAAGCUCGUCGUCGUCAGACUUGUAUGCGUUCAAAUGGACUUCACUUCUCAUUCCACCAACAACGCUGAUUAUAAUAAACCUAAUUGCUGUCGUGGCUGGAAUCUCCGAUGGAAUCAACAAUUAUGCCUAUGAUUCGUGGGGGCCGCUCCUUGGUAAGUUGCUAUUUGCAUUUUGGGUCAUUCUUCAUCUCUAUCCAUUCUUGAAAGGCUUGCUUGGUAGGCACAACAGAACUCCCACCAUUGUCAUCGUCUGGUCGGUUUUUCUCGCCUCAAUUUUCUCUCUUUUUUGGGUUCGCAUUCAUCCAUACUUGCCUCACUCCGAUUAUCCCUUUUUGGAGGAAUGCGGAUUGGACUGUACUACUACUUAA